AUGCCACCGAAGCGCAAAGUUGAUAUCUCACCCAAUGCCGCCUCAGCAAACAAUUACACCGACUCGGCCGGCGACCGCGCAAACAAGCGCUCCCGCCUGUCAAAGCCUAUCACCAACAACUUCAAGAAAGAAGUGCCGCCAGAGCAAUUGACCGCCAACAAUGACGAAAAUGGCGGACCUGCUGAGGCCGUAAAAGCCGAAAGUAACGAUGCCGAUCCUGAACCCACCUUCGAUCAUUCGCGCCCCGAGGAGCGCUCAGGAAUCGUGGAUAGAAGAUAUUAUCCUGCUGAGAUGAGCAACGAGCGCUGCGCACAAUAUAACAACAAUGAGAUACCGCGGCCAAUAGAGCUGCUUUACAAAGCUAUUGAGUCGACAGCUGCACAACGCAAGGUGAUCCGAGAUAAGAAGGAGGGUGAUGCGGUGAUACACUGGUUCAAGCGCGACCUAAGAAUUCGCGACAACACAGGCUUGUCAAAGGCAAGUGCGCUAGCGAAGGAGAUGGGCAAGGGCGUGAUUGGGGUGUGGAUCAUGAGUCCGCAGGAUUGGGAGGCGCAUUUGGUGAGCCCGGCGAAAUGCGACUUCGAAUUGCGCUCAGUGAAGACGUUGAAGAUGGAGUUGGCGGAGCUGGGUAUACCACUGCACAUCGAGGUCAUCGAGAAGAGAAGGCAUGUACCGAAACGCCUUGUCGAGAUGGCGAAGGGGUGGGGUGUGAAGAACGUAUUCUGUAAUAUCGAGUACGAGCCUGACGAGCUGCGCCGCGAGGAGAAGCUUGUCAAGCUCAUGUUGGAGGAAGGUGUCAACUUCGACCCACAGCAUGAUGACUGCGUUGUCCCGCCGGGCACACUGAAGACGGGCGGUGGGAAACAGUAUGCGGUAUACAGCCCAUGGUAUCGCAACUGGGUCAGCUACUUGCAUUCACGCCCGCAUGUGCUUGAUGAGCAACCGAUGCCAAGUCAGAAUCCGCCAGAUUUCCGGCAGAAGUACAAGGAGCUGUUCGAUGCGAUGGUUCCUGAGGUACCAGAGAGCAAGAGACUGACAGAUGAAGACAAAGAGCGCUUGCACCACCUUUAUCCUGCUGGCGAGGCAGCGGCACUUGAGCGGUUAGAGCGAUUCCUGAAGGAAAAGAUUGGGAAGUAUAAGGACACGCGAAACUUUCCGAGCAAGAACAGCACAGCAAGGCUCAGCGUACAUCAUGCGGCCGGUACCCUUGCAGCGAGGACGAGCGUAAGAUUGGCCAGAGACGUCAACACGACGAAGAAACUCGACGGCGGGAUCCAAGGCAUACAAAGCUGGAUCUCUGAAGUCGCGUGGCGCGACUUCUACCGUCACGUACUCUGCCACUGGCCCUACGUUUGCAUGCACAAACCCUUCAAAUUCGAGUACACAAACAUCGCCUGGGAGUACUCUGAUCCACACUUCGAAACCUGGAAAACCGGGCGCACCGGCUACCCCAUCGUUGACGCCGCAAUGCGCUGCAUGAAUAACACAGCCUACAUGCACAACCGGCUCCGCAUGGUCACCGCGUCCUUUCUCGCCAAACACCUACUUCUAGACUGGCGGCUGGGCGAGCAGUACUUCAUGCUGAAAUUCAUUGACGGCGACUUCUCCGCCAACAAUGGUGGAUGGGGCUUUGCGAGCUCCACGGGUGUGGAUCCGCAGCCGUAUUUUAGGGUAUUCAAUCCAUGGUUGCAGAGUGAGAAAUUUGAUGAGGAGGGCGAGUUUAUUAGGCUGUGGGUGCCUGAGCUCAAGGACAUUGAAGGGAAGGAGAUUCAUAAUCCGUAUGCUAAGUCUGGGACGAAGGCGGCGGCGAUCGCUGAGAAGAAUGGUUACCCUAAGCCCAUUGUUGAGCACAAGUUUGCGAGGGAGAGGUGUUUGGCGAGGUACAAGGCUGGCAUUGGGAGGGAUACAGCGUGA